AUGCCAUCGGAUACAAUAGUGUCUCUACCUAGUGAAACAAUCAAAAAAUUCGAAGCUACUACAAUUCAGAAUCAUAGAAUUCAGCAAGAGGUUGAUAAUAUUAAAUGGUAUUUUCAAAGCCCAACUACAAUAACACCUACAAUAAAUGGCAUCGUAGAUUAUCUUAAUAUAAUUUCUGAUGCUGGAAAUAGGCUUAAAAGAAUACUAACAAAUUUGCAAACCCAGAUAGCUGAUUCGCAAAUCCAGUUAGCCACGCUUCAAAAUGAUUAUGAUCUUCUUUAUCAAGCUUAUAGAGCUCAUAAACUUAAUUAUCACUUAUUAAAAGCAACUUCCCAACAAAAUAGCCAGCAACUACAAGAUUGUAAGACGAAUGGGGCAAUUACUACACAUCUCUUAAAUCUUACAACAAAUCGAUACAAUAAGUGGAAAAAUAAAUGCAAGACUCUAGAAAAUGAUCUAUUACUUGCUGAUGUUCAACUGGACAACAAAAAUUCUGAACAAUUAAUUAAUAAUUUAAAUCAACAAAUUUUAGCACUACAAUAUAACCCACCAAAUAUGAUGACAGUUGCAGGAGACUUAACCAGCAUUGCACCAUUAAUUGCACAGAUUCCAAAUUAUAGUAGACAGAUUCCAUCAGAUAAAUGGUAUCAAAGAAUUAAUCAAAUAUUAACUUUACCAUCAAUUAUGGCGAGCACCUUUAAUAAUGCACUUCGAGCAGUUAUUUUAAAAAGUAAGAUGGCUGGAAAAUAUACAAAUAUACCCACACAAUACCCCGUAGGUACAAAUAUUGAUACUUCAGCUCGUUAUAUUGUUUGGUUGCAUCAUAAAUAUCAGACAAAGACAGUUGGAACACAACAAGUUGCUACUCAAAGAUUAGCACAAGAAAAAUUCUUACCAUUUGAUAAUCCAGAAUCAUAUGAGGCUAGAAUCUGUCCUCUUUUAUUAGGAGUUGCUGUGUCUUCACAGCUCCAGAAAACACAAGCUUUACAGUCUCAGCAAAAGCAACCUGAUUUCAGUGACUACCUUAGAGUACCAGAUAUAUAUAUGCCAGAAAGACUACCAGAUGAGUAUGGUGUAAAUUCUGAAAAAUUUAUUCAUUUGCAAUCAAAGAAAAAUAUUGAAGUAGACUCUGAUGAAGAACUGGCUGAUCGUAUGGGUAAGUUAUCAAUAAAUAAGGCUUUGUUGAAAGGUUUUGAGGCAGAAGUUCAUGCUGUUAUUAAAUUAUCAAAACACUGUUGUUCAAAUUGUAAUAGAACUGGACACAAUUCUCGCAAAAAAAAAGUAAAUCAGAAGAGUAAUUCGAAUAAAUCAUUUCUGAAAAGAAGUCCAAAUCACGUAAAGCAAAAAAAGACACAUCUACUCCAGUUGGAAAAACUUAAAUCUGAGACCAAAAACUUAACUACUCCAGAUUUCACGAAUUAUAGAGAACCAGCCUCAGAAAUACCUGAGUCAGAGGAAAAAGAAACUUUAGAUGAUCCUAUAGAAAUAGACUUUGUUAAAAAGAAAGAACCUAUAACAAGUAUUGCAACUAUACUAGUUAAAAUCAAAUGUUUAAAAAUUCUAGCAAUGUAUAAUCUUAGUGGUGUUGCUACUGUUCCAACAGAAUCUAUCGGUGUCACUUGUAAUUUCUCAAUAACAUUACCUCCAGGUUUUACUAUAGAUGAAGAUUUUGCAGUUAUUCAUUAUAAUGGAGAAGAUUUUAUUAUUCCGGUAACCAUGCAUAAGGUCAAAAAUAAGCUCGAAGUGAACUGUGCAACUACAUCUCAGGAUGAUAAGCCUUUGAUAUCUGAUCAAAUUUCUCAGAAAGUUGAUAGUAAUGAGGAUGACAAUAUACCAUUAGAAGAGUGGUGUGCUUUUACAGAUUCUAGCUUAGAUUCUGUCAAUUUAACUUUAGCAAAGCAAGCACCAAAUUUAUUAGUAGGUAUUGAAUCAGAUAUGGGAGUAGUAGAUUCUGGAUAUAAAGUCUCUCUUCUGAUUUGGUUAAAAUUUUCAGAUGAAGUUGAUGGGACUAAUGUGGAAAUGAUACUUUGUAUUAUUUAUUGCUGGCAUUCUCGAUCUUCCUAUAUAUCAUCUACUCAAUUGAAGCAAGCUAAUAUAGCUAAUGUAUAUACAUUUCAAAAUAUUAAAGAUCAUCGACUUGGUAGUAUACGUGAAGAAGAGCUAGAAAAAAAAAUACACGAUGCUAUCAAAUCCAAAGCUGAAAUUAACAAGCUUAGCAAAAAAUUACAGAAUAAAUACAUAAAACAAAUAAAGGCUUUUGAUCGGGAAAGAAAAGGAUGGAAUCAGGAUUCAUUACGAAAUAAUACUGAGAUCCAAAAAUUACGCACCUACACUUUGCAGGUCAUUAAUGAACAUAAGCAACUACAAAAUGAAAAUACUAAUCUUAUUUCUCAUAAUGCACAAAAAGAUAUUUUUAUUGCUGAAUCCAAAGCUGAGAAUGUUACGAAAUCCAAGAAAAUUAAAUCACUUGAGUUUAUGAUCAUGAUAUUGGAAAGUAAGUUGUCUUCAGUCCAGAAAGAUGUGAUUUCGAUUCAAAGCGACUCAUCGAAAAAAGAAUCUGAGAUAUUAUCUCUCAAGUCUAAAAUAGUUGAAGUAGAACAUGAGUUAGCUUCGAAAGUUAGUGAACUUGAGUGUCUGAAAUCGGAGGCUAUAUCAAACCUUAUACUUGGUGGAAACGAUGAAAAAAAUAUGACCAAGUCUGAUGAUAUAUCUGCAGUUAUUGAGGAAUCAGAGAUUCGAGACUAUGCCUCACCUAGCAAAAAUCUCAGACAAUAUUUUGAAUGCAGAAAAAGUAUGGAUCAAGCUAAAAAAAUUGAUGAUAAUAUCUCAGCACAAACUAGCACUUUUGGUACUUGCUUCGUUAAUGAUGAGAUUACCGAACUACCAAAAAUUGAUACAGAGGUUAAUUUUGAAGUAAAGGAUAGAACUAGCAUUAGUGAAAUUAACAAGGAUGAUAUACUAGAUUAUAUCUGA